AUGGGAUUUCGCACGGGCUUUGUGAUUGCAAGCGUGUGCUUUACGUACGGACUGUUGUACAUCACUUCAACAUACGACUAUCCACUAUUAUUCCAGCAAGGGUUUACUCAGAGUGAUGUCGACAAGUCCGUUGGAUUUUAUUUGUCGAUGUACCAGGCGCCGCUGAGCGUAAAGGCACUGGUACAUAGUGUGUUUGGUCUUGGACUGAUUGGCAUUGUAGUAAAGAUUGUGCGAUGGGGCGAGCAGGACAAAUAUUUUGGAUCAGUGAGUCUGCUGCUCUAUUUCAGCAGUCUUCUGAUGUAUGUAUCUGUCGAGAUUCCGAACAUGCGUGUUCUCGCAGCACCUGAGGAAAAGAAUAUCGUUCACCGCGCUGUUUUCGAUGCGGAAGACACAAGAAAGGUGGAAAAUUACGAGUUUUACCCUCUCACUGGAAGAGAACGUGCAUCAGUGGUCCAGGUCAUCGGCGCAACCAAUGUCAUCAUAACAGCUCUCCUGGCCGGCGUGCUUUUGAUGCAAGGUGGAGAGUGGUAUUCGACUCGACUGGAUCGAAUUGCAGAGAACAAGCAGCGCCAAGAAAUGAUCGCGAAACUCGGGGCUGACCGCUCAGUUGAGAAGAAAGUAGAUUAG